UUCCCCUUUUACAGCUUGCAGAAGCCGAUUUAGUGCAAAGUGCUGCGCAGAGAGCCGUGGGGCGCGCAGGGCUUCUUGCUGGGCCUCGCUGCGUUGGCUACCCCGCUGCUGCAGAGCAAGUCGUGCUCAGCAAAAGGGAGAGACAAUGUUGAUGCUGGAUUGCAAUUCAGAGUCUGGCAGUUUCAGCAAUCUGUUUGAGGCAGGAACUGGUGUGAACGCACCUGCAGAUGCCUUUGGUCAGUCUCCAGCUCACUUGGCUGCUUGUGGCGGUGAAGCUUUUUUCCUACUUUGGCAACUACAGACAGGAGCGAAUAUGAACCAACAGGAUUGCCUUGGAGAAGCCCCAAUUCAUAAAGCAGCAAAAGUUGGAAGUUUGGAAUGUCUUGCUCUCCUUGUAGCAGGUGAUGCCAAAAUUGAUUUGUGCAACAACAGUGGACAAACAGCAGCAGACCUUGCACUGGCUUAUGGCUUUCUGGAAUGUGCCAAGUUCCUCGCAACAAUUCAGCACACUCAAACUAUGAAACUGAGAGGACAGUCUGGCUACACACAGAGUGACAAAUGUGGCUUGCAGAGAGAGAACCCAGCUGCACAGAAGCAAGAACAUGAAAUCAGUGGAUCUGCAAGCAGGAAGAGGAGAAGAUCAGAUGAUGUUAUCGCCUAGCUGACAAAAGAAACAGCUUGUAAUCCCAAAAGGAAAUUAAGAACUUGAAGUUUGAAGAAACAUGACUGGACUAUGAACUGAGCAGCCUAAUCUAUCCUGUUACAUUGUCUCCUUCUGAGGAGGAAAGCUUUAUUUUUACUUCUUAAAGAAGACCUAGAGUAGUUGUAUUCACACAGCUAUACAUAAGUGAGCCUAUUACAACUUCGUCUCUUACAUUUUUUUUCUGUGUAAAUAUGAAAACAACGUUGAUAAAAUUCAGUACAUACAAUGAUUUUUCUCCCACAGUAAACAGUGCCUUUGAACAUGUAUUGCACACAUACUGCACAAUACAGCUGGCUGUAUGGAAUCUGAACGAUAGAAUACAGUUCAUCUUUCGGGCAAGAAAAUUUCGUAAAAUAAAAGGCUCGGGCUUUUAAAGCUUUUUAGCAUAAUAACUUCAUGUUUAUAUAGCAUUUUUAUCUUAGCCGAAAGAAAAGACUAUUAGUUACUUAAUAAAUGUAUUUGUACAGAAAUACAGUUCACAGCAGUUCCAUUAUUUUUAAAGGUAUUUUUUUUUUAAGUU